AUGAAAGAAGAUGGAAGUAAAGAAGUAGAUGCAUCUCUCUAUAGAAGUAUGGUUGGAAGUCUAUUGUAUUUGACAUCUUCAAUACCCAACAUCAUGUAUGUUAUAAGCUUAUUAUCUCGGUUUAUGCACAAUCCAAGCCAAAUUCAUGUUGGGGCUUCCAAGAGGGUGUUGAGAUAUAUACAAGGUACACUUGAUUUUGACAUCUUGUAUGAGAAAAAUGUUGAUGCAAAGUUGUUUGGUUUUGGUGAUAGUGAUAGUGAUUGGGCUGGAUGUAUUGAUGAUAUGAGAAGUACUUUCGAUUAUGCAUUCUCUCUUGGUUCAGGUGCAUUUUCAUGGGCAUCUAAAAAGUAA